AUGCCCAUUUCCUUUGUUCUCGUCUGCGAUCUGCUGGAGCAGGUCCAUAAACAGUGUAAAACGGACGACAAGAACCUCAAACAACGCGUGACCAGCUGGUUCACUCUGCAUCGCCAACUCAUUGACGAUCCCGAGACCGAUGCCUCUGCUCUGCUUUCUACUCUCCUCCCGGACAAACGCACCGAUCGUGUAUACGCUAUUCAGGCCGACACACUAUCUAACAUCGUUGGCCGCACCUUUGGUCUCGGGAAGUCACGCGUCCAGCAACUUCGUCGAUACAAAGAGGCUGGUCGGGGCGAGGAUUUAGCUGACUGUGUUGCGAGAGUCUUCAAGGAAACGCCUCCUCCCAUCUGCGCCGAAAGGGAGGCCGUAAGUGUUGAGGAAAUCGAUUCGGCCCUGAACAGCCUCGCCGCCUCAUGUAGGUUCAGCUCGCCCGUUGUUCGAGCCUCACAAUCCCAUCCAAGCAGCAGUUCUCGGGAAGAACUCCUGGGUCCUUUGUACCUUCGCCUACAAGCGCGAGAAGCCAAAUGGCUUACCCGAAUCAUCCUCAAGAACUUCCAGCCAGUCAUGCUGGACCCCGGCCAUGUCUACUACUGCUACGACCCAUUACUGCCCACGAUACUCAAGGUUCAAGAUAAUUUUGCGGCGGCCUUGUCUCUUCUUAAAGACCUGAAUAAAGAUCCCUCAUUCCGCUGUGGCUCAGAGAACCAGAAGCACAGACAUCUGAUACAGCACUUAACGCCGGUCUUGGGUACCAAGGUUGGUAGGCCGUUCUGGCUGAAAGGGCGAAGCAUCAAGCAUUGCAUGAAGCUCGGCCACAGCCGCAUGAGCUGCGAGAAGAAAAUGGACGGAGAGUAUUGCCAGGUUCAUAUAGACAUGAGCAAGGGGUUCAAGUGCAUCCAAAUCUUCUCCAAGAGCGGCAAGGACAGCACCAAAGAUCGCGCUGCAUUACAUGGAGCUAUUCGCGACUCUCUCAAAAUUGGAAAACCGAAUUGCAAGCUUUCCAAAGGGUGUAUUCUUGAGGGUGAGCUGGUGGUCUACAAUGACAUGGACAAAAAGAUUAUGCCUUUUCACAAGAUACGCAAAUAUGUCUCAAGAUCAGGCAGCUAUCUGCAUACGGAAGCAGAUUCACAGCGCCACGACUACGAACACUUGAUGAUUGUCUAUUUUGAUGUUCUGCUUGUCGAUGAGGAGUCUCUCUUGGGCACCGGGCAGAAUGAGCGCUUCAAGCGACUUACUCACUUGAUUACCCGCCGGGAGGGUCAUGCCGAGCUGGUGGAACGCCAGGUCAUCAACCUCGAUGACAGACUGGGAGUGCAUCAUCUAAGACAGGCCUUUGCCAAGUCCAUUGCUGCCCGGGAGGAAGGCCUGGUGCUGAAGCCAGACGACCCCUAUUUCGACUUCAGCGAGAACCGCCGCUCCUUUGCUGGAUGCCCAAUCAAGCUCAAGAAAGAGUAUAUUGGAGGUUUUGGUGAUGUGGGCGACUUUUCUGUGGUCGCGGCGCGGUACGACGCAGACAAAGCAAAGUGCUAUGGCAUCCCAAACCUCAAUUGGACACACUUCUUUCUCGGCUGCCUCGAGAACAAGGAGGAUGUACAGAGAUUUCAAGCUCAGCCUGAGUUCACAGUGGUUCACCAGGUAGAGCUCAAUGAGACCCUUCUCAAGACCGUCUCAUCCUACGGAAACCCGAUGCCAGUGUCUUUUGAGGAGAAUGACGCCUUGAUUCUCCAUCUUGCACCAGGCAUCGCUCAACAAAAGAUACCAACUGUCGUUUUCACAGAGCCUCUGGUCUUUGACAUCCGCUGUUUCUCGUUUGACAAGGAGGGAAAUACUGGCUUUUGGCAACCGAGAUUCCCCCAGGUAUCCAAGGUGCACUUUGACCGAUCCUUUGUGGACACAAUCUCUUUCUCGGAACUACAGGCUGUGGCGGAAGAAGCAACCACAACUCCUGCUAUGGAAGACAGUCAAGAAAUGCUGGAUUGGAUUGCUAGAUUGGAAGGAGCGGACCCUCGUGGUAUUCCUGUUGAUGCCGUCAGCCAGUCCACGACAGGCUCUCUCAUGACGCCAUCCCGCACUUCUUCCGUCCGACCUUCAACUUCGCCAGCACCGAAUUUCUCUAUGAGCCCUGUCAAACCUCUCAAUCGGUUACCGGCAUUGCUUGAAGCCCCAGAAACAGCUCUCGUCACUCCUCGGACCUCAUCGGCCAGAGCAGAAGGGAUGAACCGCAUCGCUGAAGACACCACCGCCGGCGAAGCACCAGAAUCACCCAGCGCCAGGAAACGAGGUCCAGAAGGGGAAGACGCGACUCAGCACAAGCGACCAAGAGUUUGUUCCGAAGCUGGCUCCGCCGGUCAGGGGCUAUCACCGCCAAACCGUCAACCGCUUGGGGUUAUCAGUGCCAAUCGGACACCUCCCUCUCCUCAGACGUCUCAAUCACAAUUGGGGGCAGCAAAGCACAUCAUGAUGGACAGAACAGCAUCAAGGCCAGUUGACACUGCCUUGAACGAGCUGGGCCAACAAACGGCUGGAUCAGCAGCAGAGGCGCCUGAACCGCGUCGUCAUAGCGUAUUGGACUCCUCGUCUACACAGCCAAAGCCCCAGUGUGAACACGCAGGUGACAGUUGUCUAUUUGCAGACACCAUGGUCCUACUCGCCCCCUGCAUCGCACACCAGCCCUGGAUAACCGAGAACCUCCUCCCUCUUCACGGCGUACACAACUGGACCGCGGAUCCGCAAAACUGGACGGCCAGCACCUCCGAUACAGCCACAUCAUCAGCCCAUUCCUCAACCCCUACAUCUAUCUCGGCCACUAACUGUUCAAGGCGAAAGCGGCCCCCUCGAAAGGUCUGCUUCGUCGAACACAACCGCAAAGAAGCAACGAAGACCCUCAUGAGACAUUUGCAGAGCAACCCGAUGUACGCGCCAAGCGGCAGCCGCGAGUAUGUGGAGGUGUACGAUUGGCGCCUUUUGGAAGACGUCACAGCAUUGGAAAAGGUGCUCAAGGGAUCAAAGCCGUCGAAGGGGCAACCGGAUCCCAAGAGGAAGUGGUGGGUUGGAUUGGCUUAG